AUGGCGGUCCAGGCCACCCAGAACUACGACUACCUCCGUCGCAAGAACUCGGAGAAGCUGCCCGCCGCCCCCGUUUCCGCCCCGCGUCGCCCCAACCGCGCCCAGAGCCAUCGGAAUAGCAACGGCACCGUCGGCUCCAACCUGUCCGCCCGCAGCGGCGGCGGCUCCAUCGGCACCAAUGUCACCGAGCCUCCAGCAUGGUCCAAGAAGCUGGUCGUUGUUGGUGAUGGCGGCUGCGGCAAGACCUGUCUCCUGAUCAGCUACAGCCAGGGCUACUUCCCCGAGAAAUAUGUGCCCACCGUCUUCGAGAACUACAUCACCCACACUCCCCAUCCGCCCACCGGCAAGAUGGUGGAGCUGGCCCUGUGGGACACGGCCGGCCAGGAGGAGUACGACCGUCUGCGCCCGCUAUCAUACCCCGAGACCGACCUGCUCUUCGUCUGCUUCGCCAUCGACUGCCCCAACUCGCUCGAGAAUGUCAUGGACAAGUGGUACCCCGAGGUUCUCCACUUUUGUCCCACAACUCCCAUCAUCCUCCUGGGCCUCAAGUCCGAUCUCCGCCACAAGAGAACCUGCAUCGAGCUGCUCAAGACCCAAGGCCUGACUCCCGUAACCCCGGACCAGGGCCGCGCCGUUGCCAAGAAGAUGAAUGCGACCUACAUGGAGUGCAGCAGUAAGGAAAUGGAUGGUGUUGACGACAUCUUCGACGCCGCCGUCACCAUGGCCGUCGGCGACGAGUGGAAGCCCGCCAGCAGAGAAGGCGCCAACAACUCCACCCAGCCUACCUACCGGAAACCGAAGAAGAGCAGGUGCAAGAUCCUCUAA